AUGUCCGCGCGCGUUUCCAGCGCGACCCCCCGCGCGGCGGCGGCGGCGAAAUUCGUCGCCGGGUCGCGAAGACGGACGACGACGUCGUCGUCGCGCGUCGCGACGCGACGCGUCGCCGCGGCCGCGACCGCGGCGGAGGCGUCGACGAUAGAGGACAAAUGGAUCGCGGGCAGCGUCGAGCGAUGCGCGAUCGGCGCGGGCGUCGAGAGCCUCCGCGCGGGCGCGGUGACGCAGCUCGCGCGCGCGCGCAUGCCGACGUCGCGCGCGGAAGAGUUUCGAUUCACGGAUCUCGCGCCGCUUCUCACGAAGCAACCCACGGCCGCGGACGCGUCCAAGGCGGACGACGUCGACGCCUCCGCGUGGACGUUCGAGGCUGCGAGCGCGUCGAGGGUCGUCCUCGUCGACGGCGUCUUCAGGGCGGACAAGUCGUCGAUCGAUGCCAUCGCGAAGGGAGGCGCGAAGAUCUCCGUCUCCGCCGCCGCCGCGGGCGACGCCGCCCCCCCGGCCGCGCUCGGGUCGAUGACGUCCACCGGCCGAGGCGGCGUCCUCGCGUCCUUGAACGCCGUCAUGGCGUCCGACUUCGUUCACGUCGACGUCCCCGCGGGCGUGACCCUGGACGUCCCGAUCCACAUCGUCCAGCUGUCCACGAGCGGGGACGACGCCGCGGAGUUGUCGUCGAGCGCGCCGCGGAUCGUGAUCACCGUGGGCGAGCGCGCGUCCGUCGAGGUCGUCGAGGAGUUCGCGCCCGCGCCCGGGGUGAGCGACGACGCGUGCGGGUACUGGCACAACGGCGUGUGCGAGAUUGUGAUCGAGAAGGACGGACGCGUGACGCACGCGAUGGUCCAGGCGCAGACGCGAAACGCCGUGCACACGCGUUUGACGACGCUGACGCAAGCGGAGAGCAGCACGUACGCGCUCGCGGAGGUGAACGUCGGCGGGAAGAUUGGUCGACACGACCUCGGGAUCGAGCAGCUCGGGCCGAGGACGGUCACGGAGCUGUCGUGCUUUAACCUCGCGGGCGCGGGGCAGUGCAUGGACUUGCACUCGAGCGUCACGCUGGACCACGAGGAAGGGAAGACCGACCAGGUGCACAAGUGCAUCGUGUCGUCCGCGAGCGGCAGAGGGGUGUUCGACGGGAACGUCAAAGUGAACAAGCUCGCGCAGAGGACGGACGCGGGGCAGAUCUCGCGUAAUUUACUCCUCGUCCCGAAGGCGACGGUGAACGUGAAGCCAAACUUACAAAUCGUCGCGGACGACGUCGUGUGCACGCACGGCUGCACCGUGAGCGACCUCGAGGAGGAGGAGCUGUUUUACAUUCAGUCCCGGGGGUUGUCUCCCGCGGUCGCGCGGUCGCUGCUCGUCGCCGGGUUCGGGUUGGAGAUUGUGAGCAAGCUCCCGGGGGGGAAGGACAUUCGAGACCGCGUCGGCGCGCUCGUGAAGGCGUCGCUGGAUAAAGACGACGUCCAGCUGGUCGCGUGA